GCUGCUGACCUCACCUUCAUCUUGCGUGCGAAUCCAAUCCAAAUCUCACAUCAAAAGCAGGAAUCAAUUCCGUUCAAUCCCAGAGAAUCAACGCCGAUCCGCCUAUUUUCGACCGGGAUUAUUCGUCUUUACCAGAAAUACAUUUCGACACAAGACCUAUCUGUCUGCAACUUCUUGCCGAGUUGCUCCCGAUUCGGGAUGGGGGCAAUCCAAAGAUAUGGUUUCUUUCGCGGUAUAGUGUUGACCGCCGACCGUCUACUGCGCGAUAACGGGAUCAUGCUGCACACGCACUACCUCUUUGACGAAGCGAGCGGCAAGUACAUUGAUCCGGUUGAGGCGUACUCGCAGGAGGCGUUGACACAAUGA